CUCCGCAGUCCCUAUAUGUAUAGGAGUACUUCGUAUUUCAGAAGAGGACGACGCAGUGGAAGAGCAAAGAUUCGAGUUUUCUGAAAUUUGCGGUUCUGAUUCCAAAGAGUUCUGUGUAUUGGUACAUGAGCUGGUGAUUCGCUUCAUUCUUCGGAAUUGUGUGCGCGUGCGAUAUAUUCAAAGAGAGGAUCUAUUCGAAUUACUGUGGUCUGUGGUGGUGGAUGAUCUAAAAUCAGUGGGUGGAAGACGGGAAGGAUGCGAGGAAGAAGAUGUGGAAAGAAAACCGGGACAGAGAAUCAGGCAAACUUCGCCCUAAUUUAUACUCCAGCCGAGUUAAGUUGAGCCGACUCGCUUCUCUUCAACUCUCCAAUCACAAAGAGUUCGUCUCCCCUCACCGCGCAUCCAUUAACUCUCUCCAGGUUGAUUUGACAGAGCAAAGAUAUUUACUAUCCUGUGCUUCGGAUGCAUCAGUUGCUGUUUAUGAUGUCCAACGUGCAACAGGUCAAGAGGGUUGUGGGUUGAUAGCUCAGCAUAGACCCCUCUUCGUUGUUGACAAAAGGCAUGAACAUGGACACAAGUAUUCCGUUUCUACGGCCAUAUGGUAUCCGGUUGACAAUGGGCUGUUCAUCACGGGUUCUUACGAUAAUCACAUUAAUGUAUGGGACACAAACACAACACAGGUGGCUGUUAAUUUCAAAAUGCCUGGAAAGGUUAAUAAGACUGCCAUGUCUUCUGUGGCAACAUCUCAUAUGCUCAUUGCUGCUGCUACUGAAGAUGUACAAGUUCGGCUUUGUGAUAUAGCUUCAGGCGCCUUUGCUCACACUUUAUCCGGCCAUCACGAUGGAGUGAUGUCAGCCGAAUGGUCAGUUUCUAGUGAGUGGGUUCUGAUAACUGGGGGAUGUGAUGGUGCAAUUCGUUUUUGGGACAUUAGGCGAGCUGGAUGCUUUCAUGUUUUAGAUCAGUCCCAUUGUCAGCUUGGGAAACGCCCACCUCUACUUCCACGUUCUUAUCCAAAUAAGAGUUCAACUGCUAAAUCUUCAUCAGCAACUCAUAUACCAAGUAUAAAGGCCCGUCCAUCACAACGAAAAACGGUAACCAAUAACAGCCACAAACUGCCUGUUAUUGAUAGACAAGUUAGUAGAGGGUCAUCAAAGCAAAGAUUACACCCAGGGAUGUUAUCCUCUCAGGAUCGUGCCACUGCUCAUUAUGGUGUGGUUAGUAGUUUGAAAGUGACUAAUGAUGGCAUGUACCUUUUAAGUGCAGGUACGGAUUCAAGGUUGAGAUUGUGGGAUAUAGAGUCUGGUUGCAACACGCUUGUAAACUAUGAAACUGCACGCCUUCAAACUACUAAGGCCCUACAAGUUGCUAUAUCUGAUGAUUCUACUACGGUCUUUGUUCCAUGCAUGACGACCACUAAAGCAUUUGACUUAUGGUCGGGAAAGGCAGUGAUGAAUUUCCGUGGACAUUAUGAGAAUGUAAAUUGUUGUUGGUACAAUUCUCAGGAGCAGGAACUAUAUACGGGAAGUAAUGACAGGCAAAUUCUCAUCUGGUCGCCAGCCAAAACUGUUAUUGAAGAUGAAUCUAAUUUAAAGAUGAAAAUGGGUGUUGAUGAAGAUAAUUGGAGCGACUGAAGAUCAUUGUACAUCUUUUACUGGGUUUGCUUGUGUUUGAAGGUCUUCUGGUGUUUAAUUCAUUAUUAUCUUUUAUUAGCAAACAUAGACCUACACGAAGAAUGAAUUGAACAAUAAUAAUUUUGGAGGGGUGUAUCUGACAAUAAAAUUACCCCGCCUCUUUGUGUAGCCUUCUUUUUCGGUCAUGUUUGAAUGUUGAUCUCCAUACUUUAUACUCCGUAAUAUAUUUAAGCCUUCCCCAAUCUCCG